UCGAGAAGCGACAGGAAAAAAGGGAAAAUCCUACUUCAUGUUGCUUGUGUAAAACAGAGGAAAGGUCGAAGUGCGCUGCGAUAUUUAACACAGAUGCUGUUCUUGCCCUUUAUUAUUUUCUGCACCCCAUCUUUAUUAUGGACUAGACCAGCUGAUCCUGACCUACAGUUCAGUAUUAAUAGCAAAUUCAAAGAUCAAUUCUUUCCAUAUUUUUUUCCAUCAUACUACUUCUCAAGUGGUUGUGAUUCGCUCACACCCUCUUUCCACCCCCAUCCCCCCACCCCAUUCCCUUCAUCAUAGACCUUCCUGAUCACCAGCAGCUGCGUCCUGCUUCUGUUUCCUGUCCUUGGCCGUACAAGGCUGAAGCAGUCAACUCCCCAAACACCUCUGUAACACACAAACGCACGCAAACACUCUCAUCCUCCUGGCCUGGCGCAGCCCUAAUAGCGCUCCAGCUCCCUCUUCCAGCGUGGCACGAUGACCUCCAUGUCCAGCCUGUUCUCCUUCACCAGCCCGGCUGUAAAACGCCUGCUGGGGUGGAAGCAGGGAGAUGAAGAGGAGAAGUGGGCCGAGAAGGCUGUGGAUGCGCUUGUAAAGAAGCUUAAGAAGAAGAAGGGAGCAAUGGAAGAUCUGGAAAAGGCCUUGAGCAGCCCAGGCCAGCCCAGCAAGUGUGUAACAAUCCCACGUUCACUGGAUGGCCGUUUGCAGGUGUCUCACAGAAAGGGCCUCCCACAUGUCAUCUAUUGCCGUGUGUGGCGCUGGCCUGACCUCCAGUCGCACCAUGAACUUAAGCCCCUAGAGGUGUGUGAGUACCCAUUCGGCUCAAAACAGAAGGAAGUUUGCAUCAACCCAUAUCACUACAAAAGGGUAGAAAGUCCUGUGCUUCCUCCGGUGUUGGUGCCCAGACACAGCGAGUUCAACCCCCAGCACAGCCUUCUGGUGCAGUUCCGCAACCUGAGCCACAAUGAUCCACACAUGCCUCAUAACGCAACUUAUCCCGAGUCCUUCCCGCAGCACAGUGGUGGGAGCUCCUUUCCUAUCUCACCAAAUUCACCAUACCCACCUUCUCCUGCCAGCAGUGGCACAUAUCCCAACUCACCCGCCAGCUCAGGACCAUCUAGCCCCUUCCAGCUCCCAGCUGACACCCCUCCCCCAGCCUACAUGCCUCCAGAGGAUGGGAUGGGUCAGGAUGGCUCUAAGCCCAUGGAUACUUGCAGCAGCAUGGUGCCUGCAAACAUGCCCAGAGGAGAUGUACAGCCAGUAGAGUAUGAGGAGCCCAGUCACUGGUGCUCAAUUGUGUACUAUGAACUGAAUAACCGUGUCGGUGAGGCUUACCAUGCUUCCUCGACCAGUGUGCUUGUGGAUGGCUUCACCGAUCCAUCCAACAACAAAAACCGCUUCUGCCUUGGCCUGCUGUCCAACGUGAACCGCAACUCUACGAUUGAGAACACUCGUCGCCAUAUUGGCAAAGGUGUUCAUCUGUAUUAUGUUGGAGGAGAGGUGUAUGCUGAGUGUUUGAGCGAUACCAGUAUUUUCGUGCAGAGCAGGAACUGCAACUACCACCACGGCUUUCACCCAACUACCGUGUGCAAGAUCCCCAGUGGCUGCAGCCUGAAGAUUUUCAACAACCAGGAGUUUGCCCAGUUACUUGCACAGUCUGUCAACCAUGGCUUUGAGGCUGUGUAUGAACUUACCAAGAUGUGCACCAUCCGCAUGAGCUUCGUCAAGGGUUGGGGUGCUGAAUAUCACCGACAGGAUGUGACCAGCACUCCCUGCUGGAUAGAAGUGCAUCUGCAUGGCCCCCUCCAGUGGCUGGAUAAAGUACUGACACAAAUGGGCUCUCCAGUAAACCCCAUCUCCUCAGUUUCCUAAUGAUGGGCCAUUGGUGGGUUGGGAGAGAAUUUGUUUUUGUUUUUAUGUGGAUUUUUUUUUUUUUUCUUUUUUGCCUUUUUCUUCCUUUCUUUUCUUAAAGUUCAAAAGAAAGGAAGGACAUAAGGCCAAACUGUUUACACUUCCUGCAAAAGGGUCACAGAAACCUUAAGCAGUAAGAAUGACAAGGAAAAACUGUGGCACAUUAGCAGAGGAGGAUUCUAAGCGGCGGCAUCCAACGGACUAACCUACUACUUUAGUAUUUGCCUUCAUGUCUGUUUUGAAAUUCUACGUGUAUGAGUGACUUUCCUCAAUCUGUAGGUAAUCUUGUAGUGGAACGAAAGUGGAAACGAUACUGUGUACAUUUACUUCACUUUGCAAAAGUCAAAAUGGCAAACUUUUGAUUCUAUGAGAAUCUGUACUUAUUGUUUAGUCCAAUUUCCUCUACACUGACAGUCUGUUAGGUUUACCAUUAGAUUCUGCUCAUUGUGGUUCUCACAUUUUUAUAGCUUUUAUUGCCUCAAGGCAAAACGAAAAGUUACUGCUUUUAAAUAAAAUCUCUAUGCUAUAAAA